AUGGAUACCAAUUAUAGAGCAAAUAUCAGCAAGUGGUUAUCACCUCAGGGUGACAUUGUCGGGAGAUGGUUUGUCGAUUCGUCUAUGCUCGCAAAGAGGAUGGACGAUCUCGUGGAACGCAUAGCCUUAAUCAUCUGGGACAUCACAAAUGCACAGACCUGCAAUUUCGAGGUGUAUAAAAGAGUGGCGAACGAUUUAAAGGAGAUGAUGGAAGAUUACAUAUUGAUUAGUACGAUAAGCCUUGAUAUACAGCCGAUUUACAAGUACAAGAUGCGUCACUGCUUGAUGAUAAUGAAACGGAAAGUGAACAUUCUCGCGAGAUUCGUUCGCAAUCUGAUAAACGAGAUAGUUGAUUGCAAAAAUGACGAGCUGUUAAGAGUUAUCUUCAGAUUGGUGAACAUUUACAAUGAUGUACUAGAUAUGAACAUCGAUGUCUCAGACUCGUCAACAAAUGUAUUCUGUAACGAUUGCCCAAACAUGCUUGAACCGAUGAAGAAGAUGUCCGUUACAAGAAUAUUACAGAUAUUGGCGAAAAAUAGGGCAGAGGAGUCGUGUCACGAACUCAUCGACUGCCUUUUAACAAAUUACGAGCCCCAUGAGAAAACUGAUCCUUCCUCAACGAUGUCCGGUGAUGCUGAUAUUUCCGAAAAUUCCAGUAUCGAGAUAUACCGAGCCCUUACGAGACACUUAACGCCGCCGAUCGAAAGUUCCUCGUCGAAGACGGAGCCGGAAGUGUCGAAUAUCGAGAGCAUUCAGACAUUGGUCAAUACUCAGAAUGAGCAGGUGCUCAGACUUUUAAACGUCGUUCAAGAAGUUUCACCCAGAUUAUUGGGCACGGAUGCAUUAAAAACUAUCAAAGGCGAGGCGAGAUUGAGAAGCAGCGCGAUAAAGAAGGUGAAAAAUUACUACCAAGAAGUGGCGUGGGGCGCUCUAUCAGGUAUUUUGGAUCACGUAGUCCUUUGGUGGUCGCCAGAAGCACUUGCCACUCGUCAUUACCAUGGAGCAGAGCAGUUGAAAGAUUGGCUCAGUCAAUUCAUCCAGAAGAAUCGUGUACCACACACGGUGAGACCGGCAUUACAGAAUCUUUGCGAUGCUCUUGGUUGUCAUGCUACCAUCACCGAAUGGGACCAGUUAUUUAGACUAGCCUAUACGUCGGCUUUUAAGUGUCAGUCGAAAGCUUCUUCCACAGAGGGGUCUGACACCGGCCAAAUGUUCGUAGAAUUGUUCCAAUUGCUCGUUAGGUUGAGUAACGAGUGCGAAGCAGGCGGUGAAUGGGUAAUAGGAGCCCCAUUGAUGGAGCUACCACUGUCAGAGCAGAUAGUCGUUCUUCAUCGAUUAGAUCAUUCCGUACACACAGCGAGGUUAUGGAUCGAACAAGAGGCGAAGAUCAUAGCUCAUACGUGGGAUCUAGACGUGUUCUUCCUCCUGGUAAAGGGUGACAUAGUGAAUUGCCUCGAAGAAUUAUCUUAUUUAAAGCUUGCUGAUCAUACGAAUGCGUUAUCGACAGAUCCCAUCAGUGUUCAGGUGUAUGUUUGUGCAAAGAUGAGGGCAAAAAUUGUGUCCGAAGUAAACGUGAACAUAGAUUUACUUCAGAAGUGUGCUACGAAAUGCAUAGACAUUCUAGCAAAAAUCUGCCGCGUGGUUAGUCUGGCAAACUUGCACAUGUGCUUUCCACGGUCGAGUUAUUGGAGGAAAGGUUGCGACGUUACUCCAGUGGCUGCUAGUCUUUACGUGGAGCCUUACUUCGAAAAAGUAUUGUUUCCCGUGUUGGAAGUUAUCGAGGACCCCGAGACGUCCAAUAUGAUCUUAAAAAUUAUGUGCGAGGCAUGGCUGGAUUACAUCUAUCUGCACCGAAUUAAAUUUAGCGAAUAUGGUGCAUUGCAAUUGCUCACGGACUUCGCGUACGUGUCGAAAUGGGUGACUGAUUGCCCGAUCAUUUCCCAGAAUGUGCGAAAUCAACUUUUGAAGAACGAAGUGUUACGACGAUGCGAAGGAGUGGGACGAUUGCUUCUCCGCCACCCUGGCGAAGCUAUCUCUAUGCGCAAACGACAUACUAGAAGGACAAAUGAACGUGGAUCGCCUGAAUCUCCAGGAUUGGAACGCAUGCCAGCGGAAAUGUACGUCCCCAAUCAGGAACAAUGGCUGGAGCUUCGCGCCUCGAAGAGAUACAAUUUUUGUUGUACCGAAUGA